GAGACGACCACCAAACUCCGAAAGAUCUCGAUUUUGAAACAUACGGGGCACCGCUUCCGGAAGUGAUGUUCAGUGGACCAAUCAGAGAACACCCUAGACAUUUGGUUUCUAGGCAACGAAUGUUAACGUUGGGAAAUUAUACAGGAAAAAACACUCAGCUGUCAUGUCAGAAGUCAUGAACACAUACACAAGAAGAAGACACAGUCCUCGAGGGCAGCACAACAUUGAAGGACAACGAAAUAGCUAUCAGGCACAUUGUGGUGUUGUACCUGGUAGGAGAGAAGAAGGAGUAGACCAGCCGUUUCCAAACAAGCCUGUCAGCCACAGAAGACGUCUCAACCCAGGCAAACAAGACUUACUUGAUCUGCAUGAUUUUGAAAAAAUCACUAUUACAAAACAACCAAUUGGCCAUUUGUCGCCCCAAGAAAACCAUUUAAAUGGCACCGGAAAGAUCACCAGAUCCCAGCACACAAGAAAAGACUCACUCAGACAGCUCAGUGGAGAACUGCAGAUGACCAGAGCCAUUCAUGCAAAAGAGCUCAUGCUACAGGAGAAGCUAUGGAGCGUUGAGGAAAAAAUAAGACAGAAAAUCCAGAGAGAUGCUGCUACAUGUGACGACCAAAGGAGUGGGGAGCAGAGGAACAACAGGGGACAAGCAGAGAGGGGAAAUAUUCAGACAAAAACCAGGCUGUCUGAGCAGCAGAGGAGAGAACCACUGAGAAGAGAAAUGAUGAUGCAAAAAAGAGGCCAGGUGGAUGAUAAACAAUUUAGGAGGACGCAAGAUCAGAUGAGCGAGGACAGAAUGAGGUUUACACAUGAAGAAGAAAGGGCCAAAUGGAAAAUAAGGGAAAUAGAAGUUGCACAGUCGCAAAGAAAAGGUCCUAGAGGAACUCAACAGAUUGCAGUUCAUGGGCAAGAAGUGAGUGGAGAGUUUUACAAAUCAAGGGGGGAUAAUAUGAGAGAGCAUACCAGAAGAAAAGGAGGGGAGGAAAAAGAUAAUGGCAUUUGGAGAGAGACAGGUGGGAAGUCACGGGAUGGAACAGUGAAAGCAAAAGAAAGAGAACAAAAUACAACCUCUACGGGAGAUAAAGGAUGGACAAGAGAAAGGAAAUGUAAGGAGAUGUACAUUUCUGACGAUGAACAAGACAUGCCUCAAAUGAGUCAACAGAGAACCUCUCAUAAAGCUGUAACAGAAAACCACAGAGGCGCCGGAAGAAAAGUGUCCGGGGGACCACUGCUUCCACCAGUUUCUCGUCCUUCUCGUUCCAGCAGACCAGAGCAGGGGGAGCUCAGACAGGAAGAUAGCACGGACACCGGCCUGCAGCUCCUCCCUUGCAGAAUCUGCAACAGAAAGUUUGCAAGUGAAAGAUUACAGAAGCAUCUCCAAAUCUGUAAAAAGGUGAAACAAUCACAUCGUCAAGUCUUCAACUCCUACGUUAAUCGGACCAAGGGAUCCGCCAUUGAGGAGUUCUAUAAAACCCACAGCAAGAGUCCAGAGGUUUUAAAGAAAAAGAACAGUCGACAGAGCCGCUAGGCAAACACAAGGAAUCUGCAAGAGAGUCGACCCCCAGCUGGAACCUCACAACCAAAAUUGUCCAAGUGAGCAGACCUGAACUGACACUUUGAAGAAGAAAUCAUCAGGUGUCAUCACAUCGAGUCAACCGUCAAAUCUCUCAGAAAAGUCUCUGAAUUGUUUCUUUUAAUACCUUUUAAGAGUUUUGUUACAGACCUCUUGUCUACAUUGUUUUUAAUAUAUAACAUAUUAACUAAACAGAACUGUCUAAGAUAGUUUUGUCUCUUAACAAGCGCAUGUAAAUAUCAACAAAUAGCUUUAGUGUAGUGUAUUAUAGCGACUGUACACGCAAAACAAAAGACAGCUGUUAGUUUUAUUUAUGGAGUUUAAACAAAGAAUGAAGCAACAGUGCGACUGUAAGAAAAGAGUUUAUACAACUGUAUAAAUAACUGUUUUAAAAAUUAACUGUUUUAAAAACUGUUACAAAAUAAACCAUAUUUUUAAAUGCUGUCAACACACUGUAUAAUAAAGAUCCCCUAAGGCACAGCAUUGUCAUACUUGCACUAGUUUUGGUUU